UCUCCCAAUCACGAUUCAACACCACAGAAGAAAAUCCCUAGGGUUUACUAGGGUUUGCAACAUGUCCGUAAUUCAUAGAAGAGUAAGAGCUUUUCCCAUCGUAAUUUGGUAUAGUUUGAUGCAAUAAUCCAAUUAAGAUUUUUUUCCCUCUUUUUUAUCUUGACUGUUUUUGGAUUUGCAGGUGGGUUUCUCUUCAAUUUCGUGCUGGUUUUGAUUUUUGUCUGCCGGUAGUACAAUUCAGGGCCUUUGCGUAUUUGGUGGGUGAUUAGUGCUUAAUUAGGGCUUGGGACUUGUAGGCGGUUUCUCUUGAAGCACUUGCUGGUUUUGAUUAUUGUCUGCUGGUGUUCGAAUUUAAGGGUUUGUAUUUUUUUAGUUCCAACUGAACGGCAAUGGAUUCGGACAAAGAGAUUCAGAAGGCCAGAGAAGAGAGGGAAAAAAUGGAGAAGCAAAUUGCUGAACUGGGCACUCUUACGUUUGACCAGGAUCUCUAUAGCUCAAACAGGUUCGAGGGCUAUGAGCGAUCCAUCCCUGUGAAUGAGGAAGAGGAUAACACGGAUACAACGGAGAACGAGAUUGCUCGGAGAAUGGCAUCUUACACUGCACCAAAACAGUUUUUCAAGGAGCCCUUAAGAAGUGGCGAAGAUGACCAUAUGUCAGGGUUCAAGCAGCCUGGCAAGAUUAUCGACCGGGAAGAUGACUAUAGGAGGAGGCGAUUAAAUAGGGUUUUAUCUCCGGAGAGGAGCGAUCCAUUCUUGGACAAAACUCCGGGACCUGAUGUGAGAACUUAUGGUGAUGUGAUGAAUGAAGAAAUGUUGAAGCGGAAAGAGGAUCUGGUGAAGAGAGAGGUAGCAAAGAAGUUGAAGGAAGAGGCGGAGGCGCCGAAGGAGAAGGGCAAGGACAAAAACGCAGAAAAGGAGAAGGGCAAGGACAAAGAAACAGAAAAGCCGAAGAAAAGGAAUAGAUGGGAUAUGCCGCAAGAUGAGAAUGCCGCUGGAAAGAAGGCCAAGUCAGGUUCCGAAUGGGAGGAUAUGCCUGAAUCGGCACCUGGAAUGGGGAGGUGGGAUGCAACGCCGACACCUGGCAGAAUCGGCGACGCAACACCGUCGGUUUCUAGAAGGAAUAGAUGGGACGAAACUCCAACUCCAGGGCGAGUGAAUGACUCCGAUGCAACCCCUGCUGGAGGGGUGACACCUGGAGCAACGCCUGCGGGUAUGACUUGGGAUGCUACACCAAAGCUGGGAGGACUUGCUACUCCAACUCCCAAGAAGCAAAGGUCGAGGUGGGAUGAAACUCCGGCAACUAUGGGCAGUGCUACACCUGGUGCAACACCUGCUGUAGCUCACACCCCCGGCGUCACUCCUUUUGGUGGUGCUGAUAUGGCUACCCCUACACCGAAUGCUAUAAUGCGAAGCGCGAUGACCCCCGAGCAGUAUAACUUAUUGAGGUGGGAGAAGGAUAUCGAGGAAAGGAAUAGGCCAUUAACUGAUGAGGAGCUUGAUUCAAUGUUUCCAGAAGAUGGGUACAAGGUUUUGGACCCUCCUUCCUCGUAUGUUCCUAUCCGAACUCCGGCUCGGAAACUUCUGGCUACACCCACUCCAAUGGGGACACCUCUUUAUAACAUUCCGGAAGAAAAUCGAGGCCAGCAGUUUGAUGUGCCUAAAGAGUUACCUGGUGGUUUGCCGUUUAUGAAACCUGAAGAUUAUCAGUACUUCGGUUCGCUGCUAAAUGAAGACGAGGAGGAGGAGUUAUCUCCAGACGAGCAGAAAGAGCGAAAGAUUAUGAAACUCUUGCUGAAAGUGAAAAAUGGCACUCCUCCACAGAGAAAAACUGCUUUGAGACAGCUCACGGAUAAGGCAAGAGAAUUUGGUGCUGGGCCACUGUUUAACCGUAUUCUGCCACUGCUUAUGCAGCCCACGCUCGAAGACCAGGAGAGGCACUUGUUGGUGAAAGUUAUUGACAGGGUGCUCUAUAAGUUGGAUGAGUUGGUUCGUCCAUAUGUCCACAAAAUUUUGGUGGUUAUCGAGCCUCUGUUGAUCGAUGAGGAUUACUAUGCUCGUGUCGAAGGUAGAGAGAUCAUCUCAAAUCUGAGCAAGGCUGCUGGAUUGGCCACUAUGAUUGCUGCAAUGCGUCCGGACAUCGAUAACAUCGAUGAAUAUGUUAGGAACACCACAGCUAGAGCUUUUAGUGUUGUUGCCUCUGCCCUUGGUAUUCCUGCAUUGCUGCCGUUUCUGAAAGCUGUCUGUCAGAGUAAGAAAUCAUGGCAAGCUCGUCACACGGGUAUCAAGAUUGUUCAGCAGAUUGCAAUUUUGAUUGGGUGUGCUGUUCUUCCGCACUUGAGGUCCCUCGUUGAAAUUAUCGAGCACGGGCUUAAUGAUGAAAAUCAGAAAGUUAGGACCAUUACAGCCUUGUCUUUGGCGGCUCUGGCUGAAGCUGCUGCCCCUUAUGGUAUUGAAAGCUUUGACUCAGUGUUGAAGCCUUUAUGGAAGGGUAUCAGGUCCCAUCGUGGGAAAGUGUUGGCUGCGUUUUUGAAGGCCAUUGGUUUUAUCAUACCACUCAUGGAUGCAAUAUAUGCCAGCUACUACACCAAGGAAGUUAUGGUUAUUCUAAUCCGUGAAUUCCAGUCACCGGAUGAAGAGAUGAAGAAGAUUGUUUUAAAAGUGGUGAAGCAGUGUGUGAGUACUGAAGGUGUGGAGCCGGAUUACAUCAGAAACGAUAUUCUUCCAGAGUUCUUCCGUAAUUUCUGGGUACGGAGAAUGGCUCUGGAUAGGAGAAACUACAAGCAGCUUGUUGAAACAACUGUGGAGAUAGCUAACAAAGUUGGUGUGGCCGAUAUAGUUGGCAGAAUUGUUGAAGACCUGAAAGACGAAAGCGAGCCCUAUAGAAGGAUGGUUAUGGAGACAAUCGAGAAAGUGGUUGCAGACCUGGGUUCAUCAGAUAUUGAUGCUCGUUUAGAAGAACUGUUAAUCGAUGGAAUUCUCUAUGCAUUCCAAGAGCAGACGAGUGAUGAUGCCAAUGUCAUGCUUAACGGGUUUGGUGCUGUUGUGAACUCCCUUGGUCAGAGAGUGAAGCCAUAUCUUCCUCAGAUAUGUGGUACCAUAAAAUGGAGGCUCAACAAUAAGAGCGCCAAAGUCAGACAACAAGCAGCAGAUCUUAUAUCUAGGAUUGCAGUUGUUAUGAAACAGUGUGCAGAAGAACAAUUGAUGGGCCAUCUUGGUGUCGUAUUGUACGAGUAUUUGGGGGAGGAAUAUCCAGAAGUUUUGGGUUCGAUAUUGGGUGCUCUCAAGUCUAUUGUCAAUGUUAUCGGUAUGACAAAGAUGACACCGCCAAUCAAAGAUUUACUUCCCCGACUGACUCCAAUCUUGAAAAAUAGGCACGAGAAGGUCCAAGAGAACUGCAUCGAUCUUGUAGGAAGAAUUGCCGAUCGUGGGCCCGAGUUUGUGCCUGCACGUGAGUGGAUGAGGAUAUGCUUCGAGCUUUUGGAGAUGCUCAAAGCGCACAAGAAGGGUAUUCGUAGAGCUACCGUGAACACUUUUGGCUACAUUGCAAAAGCUAUUGGCCCACAAGACGUUCUUGCAACAUUGUUGAACAACCUUAAGGUGCAAGAACGUCAGAACCGUGUCUGCACAACAGUGGCAAUAGCAAUCGUCGCGGAAACUUGCUCGCCUUUUACGGUUCUGCCCGCUUUAAUGAAUGAGUACCGUGUGCCGGAGCUUAAUGUUCAGAACGGUGUUUUAAAAUCGCUCUCUUUCCUGUUCGAGUAUAUUGGGGAGAUGGGAAAAGAUUACAUAUAUGCAGUAACUCCAUUACUAGAGGAUGCUCUAAUGGACAGAGAUUUGGUUCACAGGCAAACCGCUGCUUCAGCUGUGAAGCACAUGGCAUUGGGUGUAGCUGGUCUCGGGUGCGAGGAUGCUUUGGUCCAUCUUAUGAAUUUUGUCUGGCCCAACAUUUUCGAGACAUCACCACAUGUAAUAAACGCUGUGACUGAAGCUAUUGAAGGGAUGAGGGUGGCUUUGGGGGCGGCAGUUGUGCUGAACUACUGUCUGCAGGGGCUGUUUCAUCCGGCGAGGAAGGUUAGAGAAGUGUACUGGAAGAUCUAUAAUUCGCUCUAUAUCGGCGCUCAGGAUGCACUCGUGGCUGCUUAUCCUGUGCUGGAGGAUGAAGAGAGCAAUGUCUUCUGUAGGCCCGAGUUGCAUAUGUUUGUCUGAUUUUGGUAUUUAAACACUUGUUUUUUAUAUGUUAGAUUUAAGGAUUGUUGGUUUGCAUUAGUGAGACGUGAAUUCGAUAGAGAGGCUAGUUGGUUCUCAAGUGGCAUUUGUCGUUCUCUUGUUCGUAUUUGUAUUUUGAUACAACCUAACUGUUUUUUUUUCUCCGUUGGUUUUGAUCUAUAUAUUUGGAUAUUUUCGUCGGAUCAGGCAUAUUUCGAUU